AUGUGGCUGAAGCUGGCCUUCUGCCCCACCAUAGGAGUGCAAUGUGGCGUCGCUUUGCGGUCCAAGUUGCACGCUUUACGUCGACGCACGAGCCAGGUAAGUUGGGGAUCGCUCCCCCUCUGCUCACGUGCACGCGAGCCCUACCUUCCGAAAAUAAUCCCACAGCGAAAUUCGACUUACGACCGGCGAACUUUUUGGAGACCCGACCCUCAACGCCCAACGAUACCCUCACAGACCAGUCGCCAAUCGCCCAGCCGACAACCCCCCCCCGACGUCAAGAUGAAGUACAUUCACUCCCAGGAGUCCCUUGACAUCCCCCAGGAUGUCAAGGUUCACAUCAAGUCCCGCGUCGUCACCGUCGAGGGCCCCCGUGGCAAGCUGGUGAAGGAUCUCAGCCACUUGGCUGUCAACUUCUCCCAGCCCCAGAAGGGCACCAUCAACAUUGAGAUCCACCACGGCUCAAGAAAGAACGUUGCCACUCUCCGCACCGUCCGCACCCUCAUCAACAACCUGGUUGUCGGUGUCACCAAGGGCUACAAGUACAAGAUGCGCUACGUCUACGCCCAUUUUCCCAUCAACGUCAACGUUGAGAAGAACUCCGAGACUGGCCUGUACGAGGUUGAGAUCCGCAACUUCAUUGGUGAGAAGCUCGUCCGCCGCGUUGUGAUGCGCGCCGGUGUCGACGUCGAGGUCUCCAAGGCCCAGAAGGAUGAGCUCGUCCUCUCUGGCAACUCCCUCGAGGCCGUCUCCCAGUCUGCUGCCGACAUCCAGCAGAUCUGCAAGGUCCGCAACAAGGAUAUCCGUAAGUUCCUUGACGGUAUGUACGUCUCUGAGAAGGGCAACAUUGUCGAGGACCAGGUCGCUCUCUCCCACCCACCGCCCCAAAUGUCGAUCGAUCCUCCCACGUACCUGGCCUCGCUGCAGAGCAACAUUCGCCAGCGGCCAAUCCCCUGGGAUGGUGCUGUUAGAGCAGGCACCAUCACCGAGGACCACCUGGCCCGCAUCCGCGCCGUCGACAAGGCGAAGAAGCCCGAGGCAAGGAAGGAAAUUGUAGAAGGCGAUCUCGAUGGCUACCGCUCACUCUUUGUUGGGGAGCCCGGCAAGCCCAGCGUGCUGGAGUCUGCUGGAAAGCAGGCGAACGUCGUUCAAUUCGUCCUCGUCCUGCUAGCCGACCUUUUGCCUAGCGUACCGUCACUUGCGAAGGCUCUUAUUAAGAAUACAGACCCCUACAAACACUUUCUACCAUUGCUCGCGCACUCCAACAACACCGAGGACCCGAUCCCGUUGCUCACGUCGACUGCCCUGACCAAGCUGAUGUCUCUCGCGCUCGACGAAUCCCAGGCGACACGCAACGCCAUUCCCGUCCUGCUCACAUAUCUCUCAGGCCUCGCCAAGAGCUCCGAUGCGGGUCUUCAAGAUAUCGCAGUCCAGGAGUAUUCCUCGCUACUUUUCGGACAUGUUUCGCGGCAACAGUUCUGGAACCAAAGAAGCGAGACAAUUUCUCCUUUGAUCGACAUUCUCAAGACUGCUGCGGGCAUUGGAAGCAACGGCAGCUCUUCUGCAAGCAUAUGGAGUGGUAAUGCUCCUUCGAGAUCCACAGGCUUUGAGGGUUCGCUCGGUGGCGGAGUUGGGCUUCAGCUGUUAUACCAUGUUCUGUUGGUUGUCUGGCAACUGAGCUUUGAGGCUGAUGAAAUUGGUGACGACCUGAACGAUGAGUACGACAUCGUCUUGUUGUACACUCAGCUUCUUCGCCUGUCUCCAAAGGAGAAGACAACACGUUUGAUUGUGUCGACCCUUUACAAUUUGCUCGAAAAGAACCAGAAAUCACUUCUCCCUACCGCAGUGCUUGCAAGGCUGCCUGCACUCCUCGAGAAUCUCAGCGGCCGUCACUUGACCGACCCCGACCUCUUGGAAGAUGUCCAGAAAUUGAAGGAGCUGCUCGAGGAGUAUACCAAGACGAAGACUACCUUUGACGAAUACGUUGCAGAAGUUGAAUCUGGCCACCUCCGGUGGUCCCCGCCUCACAGAAGCCAGGUUUUCUGGGCCGAGAAUGCGCGCAAGAUUCUCGAGCAUGAGAACGGACAGGUCCCCCGUAAACUUGCCGAUAUCAUGAAGAGGCCAUGGGACAACGACAAGCAGGUGUUGGCCAUUGCUUGCAAUGAUGUCGGAGCUUUGGUGAAGGAGGUUCCGGAAAAGAGGUACCAGCUGGAGAAGCUCGGCCUGAAGACCAGGGUCAUGGAGCUCAUGGGGGAUGCAGACGAACACGUUCGGUGGGAGAGCUUGAAGGCGUUGGGAGGCUGGUUGAAGUACAGCUUUGACGGCUAA